AUGUUUACAAAGCCUACUAACACUCCUGCUUCCGGUAAGACUCCACCUUGCAGGUGCGACGGAACCACGGCGGGUGAACGUUAUAAAAAACUCUAUCCAAAGUACCACAUCGGCGACAGAGUGGGUGCUGGCGCUAGGAUCAUUCCAGUGAGAAGCAAACUUGGCCUCAGGGAUAGGGCGCAAAGAAAGACCGGAUCGCAGUCCCAGUCCACUGACCUG